AUGUUCACCCGCAAGGUAUUAGUGGACAUCGGGUCCAAGGUCUUCUGGCUCGGCCUCGUGGCCCUCCUCAUGCUCUUCAUUCUCAGGUCCAUCUACCAGGACUGCGUCCGGUACUCUCAGAGACCGUUUUCGGCUCCCACUCCGGUUCCGUCUCCGGCUCGGACCGCUGCCGCCGCCGGUCCUAGCAUGGAGACAUGCUCGUGCGUAAACCCGGCUCCGGUGGUCCAUGGCGGCGGCGACGAUCCUAGAGCUGCUCGCCGUCUCAGGGCGACAGGGCCGGUGCCGUGCGUGACGGAGUACCGGAGGGGCGACGGGUGGCGGGAGGCGAUGUGCCCAGUGUGCCUAUGCGACUUCGCCGAUGGCGCGAUCGUCAGGGUCCUGCCGCCGCGCAUGCACUACUUCCACGCCGCCUGCGUCGGCGAGUGGCUGCACAAAGGCCACGCCACCUGCCCACGCUGCCGCGCCGCGCCGCCCUCUGCCGCCGCCGCCAGCGGGUCGCCGGAGUAUGUAAUCUCUAUGGAUCAGCUGGAGUUGUCAUGA